AUGGGCAGGAAUUUCUUGCUCGCACUCCUCAUAUUUUCAUCUCUGUUCCUCAUUCCCCACGCGCGGGCAGGUAGAUCUGGCGCGGGGAUGUUGAUAUUUCGGCCUCGGGCUCUGCUCCGGGACCUGGAAUCGGAGACGAGCAUAGCGCGUCCGCCGACGGAGAGCGGUGGCGGCGAAGGCGAGGAGCGAGGAGGCGCGGCUGAAGCUCCGACGGUGUUGGACAGCAGUGAAUCGGAGAGGCACCACUCGGCGGACAGAUCGGUGGCCGGCGGCGGGGUGAUUAUCGGCGGCCUCGUCACUGCCGUUUUUGCUGCGGUUUAUUGUUACAUUCGGGUGACCAGAAAAAGGGCUGCCCCGAAUUUGGUCUGA